AGAUAUCCUCCGCAGCACUCUCCUACAAAACCGUUGGAACAGACACCCCAUAAACAGACAUCCUCUGACUCAGUCUCCUGCCAUGUUGCAUCCAAUCCCACCGCUCCAUCGCCAUUUUCUUUCUUGAUUUCCUCAAUUCUUUUUUGUCUUCCUUCUGUCUCCGUUUCUUUUACGUGCAACCCAUUUUCCUACACCAAAUCUUUCACGUUCAAUCAUUGUUCCAGCCCCUCCUUGGUUAAGAUUCCGAGUUCCUCCCCACAUUUAAGUUCCCAAAAAGAAAAUGACCCCAGAAUCUGCUGUUCAUUGGCGAGUUCUUUGUACGCAUAGGCUUCUUGAUCUUCCCAAUGUCGCCGAUUCAUGAAACUAGGCCAUGAUGAUGAUGAGUCCUUAGCGUGUUCAGCAAAUGAUCUGAAGGUGAGUGCCUGAUGCAGAUUUGUGCGAUAGAGAACUACAGAAUACAAUCCUAGGAGGAUCAGAAGACUCAACAAGAAUUGGAGCUUUUGUUUUGAGGGUGUUGGGCAAUGGCAUCUCUUUCGAGCCAACCGUCCAAGAAGGCAAUCCGGAGCCCUGGCUCGGGCAAUUCCCAGGGCGGCAGCCGUAGUUCGACCGGGCAGACGGUGAAGUUCGCGAGGCGGACCUCAAGCGGGAGGUAUGUCAGUUUGUCCAGGGAGGACCUCGACAUGUCGGGGGAGCUAUCGGGGGACUACAUGAACUACACCGUGCACAUCCCGCCGACCCCGGAUAACCAGCCGAUGGACUCGUCAGUGGCCGUGAAGGCCGAGGAGCAGUACGUCUCAAACUCCCUGUUCACGGGGGGAUUCAACAGCGUGACGCGUGCACACCUGAUGGACAAGGUGAUCGAAUCUGAGGUGAGCCAUCCCCAGAUGGCCGGGGCCAAGGGCUCCUCUUGCUCGAUGCCGGCUUGUGACGGCAAGAUCAUGAAGGAUGAGCGCGGCAUCGACAUCACUCCAUGCGAAUGCAGGUUCAAAAUCUGUAGAGACUGCUAUUUAGAUGCUCAGAAGGACACCGGUCUGUGUCCCGGGUGCAAGGAUCCGUACAAAUCAGCAGAUUACGAUGACGAUGUGCCGGAUUUCUCGAGCGGGGCGCUGCAAUUGCAGCCCCCGGACAAGAGGGACACGAACAACAUGACCAUGAUGAAGAGGAACCAAACUGGCGAGUUCGACCACAACCGGUGGCUGUUCGAAACUAAAGGCACUUAUGGCUAUGGCAGUGCGUUCUGGCCUGAGGACGACAUGUAUGGGGAUGACGGCGAUGAGGGAAUGCACGCAGGCAUGAUGGACUCGAUGGACAAGCCAUGGAAGCCCCUUAGUCGGAGAUUGCCCAUACCUAACGGCAUCAUCAGCCCCUACAGGUUGCUGAUCUUGGUCCGAUUCGUGGUGCUUGGCUUCUUCCUGCAAUGGCGAAUAACGCAUCCGAACGAGGAUGCGGUCUGGUUGUGGCUCAUGUCGGUCGUGUGCGAGGUCUGGUUUGCAUUUUCCUGGAUCCUCGAUCAGAUUCCUAAGCUUUGCCCAAUCAACCGCUCCACAGACCUUCAGUCCCUCCACGACAAGUUUGACCUGCCGUCGCCGUCCAAUCCCACAGGCCGCUCCGAUCUUCCCGGUGUCGACUUGUUUGUCUCUACAGCAGACCCCGAAAAAGAGCCUCCACUUGUCACAGCAAACACGGUCCUCUCUAUCCUAGCCUCCGAUUACCCGGUGGAAAAGAUAGCCUGCUAUAUUUCUGAUGAUGGAGGUGCCCUUCUCACAUUCGAGGCAAUGGCAGAGGCUGCAAGCUUUGCCGAUUUGUGGGUCCCUUUCUGCCGGAAGCACAACAUCGAGCCUAGGAAUCCCGAGAGCUACUUCAGUAUCAAGUCUGACCCCACCAAGAACAAGAGCCGAUCAGAUUUCGUCAAAGACAGGAGAAAGAUGAAGAGGGAGUACGACGAAUUUAAGGUGAGGAUCAACGCACUUCCUGAAUCAAUCAGGAGGAGAUCAGAUGCGUUCCAUGCGAGGGAGGAGAUGAGGAUGCUGAAGCACAUGAGAGAGAGCGGGGGCGAUCCGCUGGAGCCAAUCAAGGUCCAGAAAGCGACAUGGAUGGCCGAUGGAACUCACUGGCCCGGCACAUGGGCCAUCUCGGCAGCGGAACAUGCCAAAGGUGAUCAUGCAGGAAUUCUUCAGGUGAUGUUGAAGCCACCCAGCCCCGAUCCGCUGAUGGGGAAUGCCGAGGAUAAGCUCAUUGACUUCACGGAUAUAGACACCCGACUCCCCAUGUUCGUUUAUGUAUCGCGAGAGAAGCGUCCGGGCUACGAUCACAACAAGAAAGCAGGGGCCAUGAAUGCCCUGGUACGAGCAUCAGCUGUAUUAUCCAACGGCCCAUUCAUUCUCAAUCUUGAUUGCGAUCACUACAUCUACAAUUGCAAAGCUAUUCGCGAAGGAAUGUGCUUCAUGUUGGAUAAAGGCGGUGAAGACAUCUGCUACAUUCAGUUCCCCCAGAGAUUCGAAGGCAUCGAUCCUUCUGAUAGAUAUGCGAAUCGUAACACCGUGUUUUUCGACAGCAACAUGCGUGCCCUGGAUGGCGUGCAGGGGCCAUUUUAUGUCGGCACAGGUUGUAUGUUCAGGCGCUUUGCUUUAUACGGCUUUGAUCCUCCACAUCCUAAGAAAAUGCAAAUUAAAACCGACUCCGAGACCCAAGCCUUAAACGCCACCGACUUCGACCCCGACCUGGAUGUGAAUUUACUGCCCAAGCGAUUUGGAAAUUCUACGAUACUGGCCGAGUCUAUCCCAGUUUCUGAGUUCCAAGCACGCCCACUAGCCGAUCAUCCGUCUGUGUCAUAUGGAAGGCCUCCUGGAGCUCUCCGCAUCCCACGCGAUCCACUCGAUGCUGCCACUGUUGCUGAAGCCGUGUCGGUCAUAUCUUGUUGGUAUGAAGACAAAACGGAAUGGGGUGAUCGGGUCGGCUGGAUUUACGGAUCGGUCACCGAGGAUGUCGUGACGGGAUAUCGCAUGCACAAUCGUGGAUGGCGCUCAAUCUACUGCGUGACUAAACGUGACGCGUUCCGUGGGUCAGCUCCAAUCAACCUAACCGAUCGGCUCCAUCAAGUGCUCAGGUGGGCCACGGGUUCGGUGGAGAUUUUCUUCUCGCGGAACAAUGCUCUUUUAGCCUCUCGAAAGCUCAUGUUCCUGCAGCGCCUAUCGUAUAUCAACGUCGGCAUCUAUCCAUUCACAUCUAUAUUCUUAAUCGUCUAUUGCUUCCUCCCCGCUCUAUCCCUUUUCUCGGGGAGCUUCAUCGUGCAGACUUUAAACGUGACGUUCUUGAUCUACUUGCUCAUCAUUACGCUAUGCCUGGUCGGCCUCGCCAUCCUGGAGGUGAAAUGGUCCGGCGUGGCGCUCGAAGAGUGGUGGAGGAACGAACAGUUCUGGCUCAUCUCCGGGACGAGUGCCCACUUGUACGCCGUGGUCCAAGGCCUCCUGAAAGUCAUAGCAGGGAUCGAAAUCUCAUUCACUCUGACAUCCAAAUCCGCAGCAGACGACGAAGAAGACAUCUUUGCGGAUCUGUAUCUGGUGAAGUGGUCUUCUCUGAUGAUCCCGCCGAUCGUCAUCGCGAUGGUCAACAUUAUAGCCAUCGCUUUCGCGUUCUCCAAGACGAUAUACAGCACUGUCCCUCAGUGGAGCAAGUUCAUCGGAGGAGCUUUCUUCAGCUUCUGGGUGUUGGCUCACUUGUAUCCUUUCGCCAAGGGCUUGAUGGGGAGGAGAGGGAAGACGCCGACGAUCGUUUUCGUCUGGUCCGGCCUCAUAGCAAUCACCAUAUCCUUGAUGUGGAUCGCCAUCAACCCACCACAGGGAGGCACGACAGAGUCCGGCGGGUCCACUUUCCAAUUCCCUUGAGCCAGGGAAGUAAAUGACCAACCCUUCGCUUUAAAAAUGCGGAAACGGUCGGUACGACAAUCUAUCUUGAUCGGCUAGCGAAAUUCUAGGGGCUAAGAUAAUUUGUUUAAGCAGAGAAUUUAGCGAAAUUUUGUUUUGUGCUAUGGGUAGAGAAGGCGAUCCGUGUUCUCGUUUUCGUGUUCGUCUCUCAUCAGAUUCGGAAGCAUAUAGAGCAUACUAAAGGCGGGUCGACCCCGGAAUGUGUCGAGAAUCGAAAGAGCUGGAAAGAACAAUUUGUGAUCUUCAAGGGAAGGGAAGUCGAGCUGAGUAUACUUAACAGAACUGUCUUGCCUCUCUUUCUCUGUCUUUCCUUCUCUUGGGGUUUACUGAAUAUGUGCAAGAGAAGUUUAGCAUUCUAUGAAGAGUAUAGUUUGUCAGUUGUGCACUGCAUAAGGCUCAACACAUUGUAUUCUUCUUGCAAGUGUCUCUGCAUCGUUGUUCAUUCGGUUCAGUAAUCAAUUUGAUGAACUCGAACAA